GUUUUCAAAUGUUUAUCUUAAAAACGAGAAUUGAUUAAUUUAUUUGACCGGAGAAGACUUGGUUGCUUCCAUGAUUCCGUCCGUUUUCACAUGUGGGACUAGCUGUAACAAAUAGAGAAGUGUACAAUACUGGCACUGUCAGACUUUGAAUAUGCAGGACGCCUUCCCCCGGCGACGACCCGCCAAGUCAACUCGUUCUACAUUCACGCAGCUCCCUCUUAUCUCUCGUCGUCCCAUUUGAUCUUUGGAUCACAGUAGCCAAGAAGAGGAACCACACCUGCUGAGACUUGAGAAAGUGGAGUGGCCGGCGUCCCUGCAGCCGGCAAUGGAGCCGGGCCACGUCCAGCAAGCAUCUCCGCAGCCGGCAACGGAGCCCAGCCACUCCCAGCAAGCUUCUCCGUAGCCGGCAAUGGAUCCCGGCCACGUCCAGCCUGGGCCCCCGCCGCCGGCAAUGGAUCCCGGCCACGUCCAGCCUGGGCCCCCGCCGCCGGCAAUGGAUCCCGGCCACGUCCAGCCUGGGCCCCCGCCGCCGGUAACGGAUCUCGACGACGUCCAGCCUGGGCCUCCGCAGCGAUGGGAGUACAGCCUGCGGAAGUACCUCCUGCUGCUGGCCACCCUGGUGGUCACCGUCACGUACGCCGCGGGGUUCAACCCGCCGGGAGGCGUCUGGCAGGCGGCCCACGACGGCCAGCCCGCCGGCGACCCCAUCAUCCGCUACACCUACUACCACCGCUACCUCGCCUUCUUCUACUGCAACGCCACCGCCUUCGCCGCGUCGCUCGUGGUCAUCGUCCUCAUCCUCAUCCUCGCCAUCCGGCACGACAAGGACGAGAAGGACACCCUCUGGGUCGUCGUGCCCCUGCGGCUCUUCAUGAUGCUGGACCUCCUCAGCCUCAUGGGCGCGUACGGCGCCGGCACCUGCACCUGCCAGGACAAGGUCUCCACCAUCUACUACGCCGUGCUGGUGGCCGCCGUCUUGCUCUACGUCACCGUUCUCAAGUUGGUGGACAGGUGCUGGAAGAUGCCGGCCACCAAUCUCGACUCCUCCGUCCCUGACUCUGACCUCGAGGUGGAGGCCAAAGAAAAACAGGCCCGGGAGAAGAAAGCCGAAGAAAGGCUCUGCAAGGUCCUGAUGCUUCUUGCGAUUUUCGCCGUGAGCAUCACGUACGUCGCCGGGGUGAACACGCCGGGUGGCUUCUGGGACAGCACCGGGGGCAGCCACCACCUGGGCGACGCGAUUCUGAAGGACCACCACAACAUACGCCUGACGGUGUUCUUAUUCUGCAACACCAUGGCGUUCGUGGCGUCCCUGUUCAUCACCAUGCUGCUCAUCAUCGACGGCAAGAAUCUCCACAAGAAGAAGGCUCGGUCUCGCAUGCUCUACGGGUGCAUCGUCGUCGCCCUGGUCGGCCUCGUCGGCGCAUACGCCGCAGGCAGCUGCAGGGAGACCGACACCACUGUCUACGUGCUCUCCCUGGUUGGCGCCGUUGUGGCAUACAUCCUCCUCCAUCGCUUCUGCAGUUCAGCAUCAAGAUUAUUUUCUCGUUGUUUCAGUCCUGAUGAAAAUGAGGACACUGAUGAGAAUAAUGUCAGUGCUAGGGAGGCUCUGGACAAGGCUCGCUCUCUUGUUCUAUUGCUGGCCACUCUUGCCGCCGCCAUCACCUACGCAGCGGGGUUGGACCCGCCAGGUGGCCUUUGGCAGGAUAACAGCAACGGGCACAUGGCCGGCGACCCGAUUCUCCUCACAACGAACCUUGCAAGGUACAGGGCCUUCUACUACUGCAACUCGGUUGCGUUUGUGGCCUCCUUGGUGGCCAUCGUCCUGGUCCAGAAGGAGAAGCUGGUCAAGCACCACGCGCUGGAGGCAGCCAUGAUACUCGUCCUGUUUGGCCUCAUAGGCGCGUAUGCAGCUGGGAGCUGUCGGGACGUGAACAAAUCCAUUUACGCCAUGGCUUUAGCAGGCGCUGUCCUGAUAUAUGUCGUGAUCCAUAUUGUCUUCUUCACGCUGGACCACAAGGACAAGAAAGACGAUGCUAGAGAAGAUCUGUUGCUGGAGAAGAGGCGCAAACGGUUGCUCCUCUUCGCAAUCUUGGCAGCGACCAUCACCUACCAAGCCGGCCUCACACCUCCCGGCGGCUUCCUUCUGCAGGACGACAAGCUCGGGCGGCAUCACGCCGGUGACCCGGUCCUCUUGGACAACUACCCGCGCCGCUACAAUGCCUUCUUCUACUGCAACUCAAUAAGCUUCAUGUUGUCCAUUGCCCUCAUCAUCCUCCUGGUGAACCCCAAUCUGUACAGGCCAGCCAUACGAAGCAAUGCGCUAUCUGUUUGUACAGCGGUGGGCUUGCUUUGUUUGAUGGGAGCCUACGCCACCGGAAGCACGCAACACCUCAAGACAUCCAUCUACAUCAUUGUGUUGGCAGUCGUGGUCCUCCUUGUUGCAGCCGGACUGCUGCUAGUAUUUUUGCUGAAGAGACAUGGCAAUUCCAAAAAAAAUCCGCCCUCCGCACCCAUUAAACAGAAGGACCAAAAGGGAGAAAGGAAGAAGCAUGCAAGGCGCAAGUACCUAAUGCUGCUAGGCAUCUUGGUGGCGAGCGUAGCCUACCAGGCCGGCCUGAAACCGCCUGGCGGAACAUGGCAGAGCAGUGACAGCGGGUACGAGGCAGGCAAUCCGGUGAUGCACGACAACAGGAGGCCCCGGUACCUCGUCUUCUUCUACAGCAACUCCAUCUCCUUUGUGGCUUCCAUCGUUGUCAUCAUCAUGUUGCUACCUCAAUGGCUGCGAAAGGAGCAGCAAGGAGAAUGGGAGAAAUGGUCGCUGAGGGUGAUGAACUGGACGAUCAGACUGGAUUUAUUUGCUCUCCUAGGGGCCUAUGCAGCCGGGUCCAACAGGGGGUGGAAGACGUCCAUGUAUGUCGUCGCACUCAUCAUUGCCGUGCUGGGCUACUUUGUAAUCCACAUGAAGAUUUCAACAUGUCUUGAGCGUCGCCGUAAGAAGCGUGAUGCCGAAGCCGCCAUGGGAAUCAUAGUAUGAUUCAUUAUCAGUGUGCUUUGUGGUGUAGCUCCACUAUCAUGAUCAAAAUUCGGGGCGAUUGAUGAUCUGCCUAUUUCUCCCCGUCUCUAGAUCUGUAACCAGCUUAGCUCUGUCCAAUGUCUCUGCUCUAGGUAGCUCUCCCUGUUUUUAGUUUCCUAGUCUAGUUGAUGUAAUCAGAUGAACCUGCAUCCAAUUGGAGACUCAGUGAGCAAGUGUGUUUGCGUAGUCUGAUGAGUACGCAUGGUAGGUGACGCUUUCCUGACCCUGUGUGCACUCUGUCUCAUAAGAAGUUGAACGGGAAGUGCAUGAGUGACAAUUACAUUUGUAUUCCAGAAACUGAAGCAUUUGUUAUUACUACUGAAACAUACUGUGUCAUUAGGUACAGUCUGAACUACCGUAUUGUGCAAUUCCUAAUAAUUAGCAAUCAUUGAUCGAGAGAAAACAUACCUUGAAUCCAGCACCUGAGCAUCGGACGCCAGCGCCGCAAUGCCCCCGGUGGGGCAAUUCACCGAACACCUGCAGGGCGCCCGAUCCC